CUUAUAGUGUCGUUGCAGCCAUGAUGGACGGCAUGGAAGAGGUUCUGCACAGCGAGACGAACGGGACGAAGAGUGGGAGGUCAGACACAGUGGACCUCAAUGACAGUACUCUCCAGGUGGAUAUAUCAGAUGCCCUUAGCGAAAGAGAAAAAGUUAAAUUUACCGUCCACACAAAGACAACCUUGCCAGACUACAACAAAUCCGAGUUUUCGGUUGUACGACAGCAUGAGGAGUUCAUCUGGCUACAUGACCGGUUUGAUGAGAAUGAAGACUAUGCAGGCUACAUUAUACCCCCUCCUCCCCCCCGUCCGGACUUUGAUGCAUCUCGGGAAAAGCUGCAGAAAUUGGGCGAAGGCGAGGGAAGCAUGACCAAAGAGGAGUUCAACAAGAUGAAGCAGGAAUUGGAGGCGGAAUAUCUGGCAACCUUCAAGAAGACAGUGGCCAUGCACGAGGUAUUCCUUACCAGACUGGCACAGCACCCUAUCUUCAGGACCGAUCACAACUUCAAAGUUUUCCUCGAAUAUGAACACGAUCUCUCAGUCAGAACAAAGAACAAGAAAGAGAAGGUGGAAGGCCUCUUCAGGAGCAUCAACAAGUCCACGGAUGAGAUCCUCUUGGCGGCCACGCAAAAGGACGUGGAUGACUAUUUCGAGAAGGAGAAGGGAUUCCUGCUGGAAUACCAUGCAGCCAUCAAGGACUCCACCCUUAAGGCUGACAAAAUGACUCAGGCACAUAAAACAGGUGUUGCAGAUUCAUACAUCAAGCUGUCCACGGGCUUGUCUCAGUUGGGAACGAUUGAGGGCCCAAGACUAGAAAAGUUUAUCAACAAAGUGUCAGACACCUUUGAGAAAGCGAGGAAAGUGGAAGGCCGGGUAGCCUCAGAUGAAGAUCUCAAGUUAUCUGAUACGCUUCGCUACUAUGUGCGGGAUGGGAGUGCUGCCAAGGACCUCCUCUACCGCCGUUUGCGAUGCCUUGCCAACUAUGAACAGGCCAACAAAAACCUUGACCGUGCAAGGGCCAAGAACAAGGACGUCCAUGCUCCCGUGGACGUUGCAGACGCGGAACUUGCACAGCAGAAUGCAUGUGAAAGGUUUGAGCAUAUGUCAGCUAGAGCCAAAGAAGAGCUUAACAGCUUCAAGACACGCCGUGUGGCAGCCUUCAAGAAGAACCUAAUAGAACUGGCUGAAUUGGAACUUAAGCAUGCCAAGGCACAAGCCCAGUUACUGAAGAAUUGUUUGCAAGCACUACAGGAAGAGUGACAUCACCAGAAUACUAUAACAGAGCAGGCGAUCAAGCUGUAUUUGGUAUAGGUCUUUUCAGCGGGAAUCUUGUAUAUAGAGUGUGGCCCAGGUACGGAACUCUCCAGAGCACUUGCUUCUGCCCGCUACCACCAUGGUCACUCCCAUGUUGUGUGUGAGAAAGUGGGAGAGAAAGAAAGAGCAUUGUACACGGAAGAAUGAUCUUAUCUAGAAGGCUGCAUUAGAGAGGCGUCACUUAUGGUUGAUUGGGAAGGCUGGUUGAUUCAGCAAAAUUCACCAUAGGGUAUGUUGAUGAACUGAAGACUGUGAUGUUACUGAGACUAAAUGAUGUAUGUGUGAUAGUUGUUUUUUUUUUUUCUUUUUUUAUGGAUU